GUUCAGGCGUCACUUCUUAUAGCUGAUUGUCGAGUUUGCAAUUUUCUUCUUAGAAGCCAAAGAAGAGAGUUGUUUUCCUUGUUCGUUUCAAGAUGUGCGGAGGCGCGAUUAUCUCCGAUUUCAUCGCAACAGCGAGACCGCAGAGGGUCACCGCCAACACUCUCUGGCCGGAUCUGAGGAAGAAGAAGAAGGGAGGCCGAAAGAUUCGAUCGGCGGAGAUCGAAGAUGAUUUCGAGGCUGAUUUCCAGGAGUUCGAGGACGAGACUGAGGUGAGCGAAGUGGUCGAUGAGUACGACGAAGAUGAACUGAUUGAGCUAAAGCCGUACGCAUUCCGCCAAAAUGGGACGCCUUUAUCCCGAGGGAUCAAAGAGAGUUCAAUCAUUGGGAAAUGCCCACAAUUUGAUGGACCUGCUGAGAAAUCGGCCAAAAGAAAGAGAAAGAACCAGUACAGAGGAAUCCGUCAGCGCCCAUGGGGCAAGUGGGCAGCUGAGAUCAGAGAUCCUCGCAAAGGAGAGAGGGUCUGGUUGGGGACAUUUGACACUCCUGAGGAGGCUGCCAGAGCUUAUGAUGCUGCAGCGCGUAGAAUUCGGGGUAAGAAAGCCAAAGUGAACUUCCCUGAUGAAGCCCCUAAAGCUGUGCCGAAUCAGGUGAAAUUGAGCUCACCAAAAACAAAGAAACCUAACCUUUCCAAGGAGGUGAACUUCAAUCAAGUAUUUGGUUUUCCAAAAAAUGCAUAUUACGAUGUCAAUUCUAGUCCAGGGCUUGGGAAGGAGGAGCCCCUGAAGCUUGAACCAGCUAGUUCAUCACCUGCUUUGAAAGCUUUCUCACCUCCCGAGGAAGUCAUGAAUUUCCUUUCCGAGCAGGAAAGCAACUCUCUGAAUUCCUCAGACUUUGGCUGGGACCAUGAUUCUAAUAUGCCAGAGAUCACAUCAAUUCCUCCUUCAAUUUUUGAAGAUCAUGAAUCUGGAUUCCUGGAAGAAAGCGCACCAAAGAAGAAACUCAAAAACAAUUAUGGUGAGGUGGUCUCAGCUGAUGAGGAUGCUGCAAUGAAACUCUCUGAGGAGCUAUCAGCCUUUGAGUCUUACAUGAAGUUCGGGCCAUUUCUUGAAGGAGGCUCAGAUCUAUGCUUUGAUUUCCUUCUUGGUAGUGAUAUGACUCAAGAUGGGAUCAAUUUCAUGAACCUUUGGAGCUUUGAGGACGUGCCAAUGUCAGGAAGUGUCUUCUAAAUGGAUUUCGGUAAAUAACGAGAUAAGUGAUUUAUGUUUAUGGAAGUUAUGGAGAACCAGAAUUGUUAGCCAGCUCUGAUGUGUUUCAUUGAACUGUGUUUUUUGAAACAGAUAUGAGAUUCUAUCCUUCAAAACUUUAUAUACUGUUGUUUAUAUGUGAUGCGUUGUUUAGAUCUUGAAGAUAUAUUUAUGUAUUGUUUAUAUGUGGUUGUCUGGAACUUAUCAGUGCUUCUCAUGAUUUGUGUUUCUUUGUGUUCCUGGAGA